AUGAAGGAUACAUACACAUUUGCAACCCUUUUUCUGGCGGCGGUCGCAUGGCUGACCUUCAAGAUCGCGCGUAUCGGACGGCGGGACGGAAGACUGCCACCUGGACCACCAACCGUUCCCGUGUUAGGCAAUAUUCACGAGCUUCCACGGAAAUUCGCAUUUCUGAGGUUCUCUGAGUGGGGAAGGAAGUAUGGGGGUAUAAUAUCCAUUAAGCUGGCAAACGCAACGGCUAUUGUUGUGUCCGACCUGAAAGUGGUGAAGGAGCUCCUUGACGAUCGCAGCAGUGAGACGUCAUCAAGGCCAUAUUCCUAUGCAUUGGAGGCUCUUUCCAAAGGAAAUUUCUUCGUGCUGGCGUCCUCAGAAAGUCUUGUAUGGCGCGCGAGCCGCAAAUCAAUCCAGCCGUUUUUAGCUGUGCAAGCAAGCGACCUACAUGUGCCGAUUGUGGAACGCGAAUCGUCGGCUCUAUUGCAUGGCAUUCUGCACAAUCCUGGCGCUAUAUCGUCCCAUAUCUUGCGUUAUACCUUUUCAUCCAUCGCCUACUUUGCCUUUGGAAAGCGAGUGUUACGACACGACUCUCCAGAACUUCAGAGCUACCAGACUUAUAUUCGAAACUUUUGCAAGGCAGUGUCCCCAGAGGCUGCGCCGGUGGAUCUUAUCCCGAUACUCAGAUAUGUUCCUGACUUUUUGGCUCCGUGGAUGAAACUUUGGCGGGAGACGCGAUCGCAGCAACUGUCGCUGUACAACUCUUUUCUUGAGCAUGCGGAGCGGGUUAAAGAAGGUGAAGGCAGAAACCGAAGCAUUAUUCAAGCAACCCUUGAACAGCGUCACGAGCUUGGUUUAAGUCGAGAGACGGUCGCAUACACUGGAGGUGUACUCUUAGAUGCCGGAACGGAAACGUUAGCGACGACAAUGUUGUCGCUGAUCCUUUGCCUCAUGAAGAGCCCUGCGGUGUUGAAGAAGGCACAGAACGAGAUCGAUGAGCUCAUUGGAAGUAAGAGGCUUCCAGUUGCCAAUGACAUCGAAGAGCUACCGUAUAUCCAAGCUAUAAUCAAAGAGGUUUUGCGUUUCAGGCCUUCCAUACCCACUGGUAUUCCGCAUGCCCCUCUUAAUGAUUGUCAUUACGGUGGCUACACUAUUCCCAAAGGUUCUGCUAUCUUCAUUAAUACAUGGGCAAUAUUCCACGAUCCAGACUUGUUUGAGCGUCCAGACGACUUCUGGCCGGAACGGUACCUCCUGACACCCGACGGUACAAAACCUGGCUUGAACAAAGAUUACAACAUCCGGUCGAGUUUAUCAUUUGGCAGUGGAAAGAGAUUAUGUCCCGGGAUGAACUUUGCGAGAACUAGCCUGAAUGUCGCAGUUAUGCGUCUCAUCUGGGCGUUCGAUUUUGAGCCCGGAGAUAAUUCGAGUAGAAUGGACCAGUCGUGGUCUCUGGAGGAACAUUACUUUGAGGGUAUCACAUUGACGCCUAAGGAGUUCUCUUGCAGGAUGACUCUACGAAGCGCAGAUAGGGCAAAGGCUAUUGAGGAUAGCUAUAUCUUAUACGAGAAUUCGAACGCUUAG